GGUUUUGAAUAAGCAAACUUCAAUAGCUGUUCAGAUUUUGUUGAGCAUAGAGAUAGUUUCGAUCGCUCGAGAGUAGAUUAAAAAAUCAGCGCCAUGAACUGUGUUGGAAUCUUUGGUUUGUUGUUUUUGGCGCUGGUGGCCGCGCUGAGCAGUGUAAAUGCCGACUGUGAAUAUAGCGGAGAGAAAGCAAAGCCCGGUCAAGAAUUCCAAGUAAAAGGCGAAUGCAAUAUCUACACCUGCCACGAAGACGGCGGCCUUACAGCCAAGACCUGCCCAGUAGUACAAGCCGCUCCUAAUUGCGUAAAAGUUCCACAGGACAACUCGAAGUCUUUCCCAGGAUGCUGUGAAACAUACAACUGUCCAAACGUGAUUUGAAAAAGCGACAAUAAAAAAUAAAAUAUUUAAAUUAUUUCCACGUAUCCAUA